AUGCAGCGGCUCGGGCACCACAACUGCGGCAAGGCCUUCACCCUCAUCACCAACCUGCUGGACCACCAGCGCAUCCACACCGGGGAGAAGCCGUUUGCGUGCGACGUGUGCUCGUCCCUGCUCAGGCGCCAGGCCCCACCAGUGCCGGGUGUGCGGGAAGGCCUUCCGCAAGAAGUCCGACCUGGUCAACCACCACCGCACACACACAGGGGCAAGCGGCCGUUCAAGUGCUACGAGUGCGGCAAGGCCUUCGCGCAGAGCGCGUUGCUGGUGGGGCACCAGAAGACGCACACGGGCGAGAAGGCAUACCCGUGCCGGCAGUGCGGGAAGUGCUUCACCAAGUCGUCCGCGCACAUCCUGCAGGAGAGGAUCCACAGCGGCGGGAGGCCCCUCCAGUGCGGCGUGUGCGGCAAGGCCUUUGUGCGCAAGUCCACCCUGUUCCAACACGGCAGGAUCCACGCGGGAGAGAAGCCCUGUCAGUGCGCACAGUGCGGGAAGGCCUUCCGGCACCAGCCCACGCUGACCGCGCACGCAGAAUCCACACCCGGGAGAAGCCCUACGAGUGGCCUGGGCGACAUUUCGUUCAGAUGCCGGGAAGGGAAGUGUGGGGAUGGGGCAUUCCAGCCAUGUCGGGACAAGCAGACAAGCGGCCGCAUCUCUCAGUUCCUGGGGGCGCCCCUGGCCAACGCCCUGUCCCAGGCCCCCCGCUGCCCCUGCCCCUGCGGCCAUUUGAAGGGAGUAUGGAUGACGACGGAGGGGACUGAGGGCCCUCCUGGUCACCACGGCAGUGACAGCACUUCCCAAAGGAAGUGCCAUGUGCAGUAA